ACCAGAUCGUGUUUGUGUCGUCUCUCAGAGAAAAUUCGGAAAAUUAUCAAUUAAAAAGUACCAAAAAGUGAACCUUUAUCACAAUUAUUGAACAUCUUCAUCGAGAAGUGUGAAUAAUUAUAAAAAAUAGUGUAACGAAUAAUUAUAAAAAAAAGUUUUUGUAAAGAAAAAGUGAAAGCAACCAAAGAAACAACAAAAAAUCGAUCAUCAAAAAUAUGACUACUCGACUAAAAUCACAGAAAAAAAUCAUCCAAUCAGAAUCUGUGGAAACGCACAGCGAGGAGGCAUACGAAGAGGAACAUGUCAUCGAAAUCGAUGAGAAGGGACAGAAAAAAGUGACAUCCAAGUCGAGUAAAGCCGCAUUUGCGGGAAGUCGUGCGACAGCGAGCAUCGAAACGAAUGAAAAUGGCGUCUCGACAAAGGCAACCAUGGAAGCGGUCCAAGAAAAGGCAGCGAAGCAACUUGCGAAAGCAAUUACCAAUGGAAAUAUCACCAUUGAAGCUGUCGAAUCGACACAGGAGGAAACACAAAAGAUAACCGGAACACCGCCAACGAAUAAAGUGAAGAAAGUACGGAAAAUCAAGAAAGGCAGCGGUGAUUCGGAAAAAGAAAAUAUUUCUGUGCAUUCAUCAAUUAUUAUGUUUAACAAAAUUUGUAAUGGGCAUGAAAAUAACACGAGAAGUCUCUCACCAACCUCGAGGCAAAAUGGAAUUCACACGAAUGGAGAUACAAAAAGCCCGGCGCCUCCAUCGGCGCUUCCUAACAAACUGACAAAUAACGGUAAAACGACAAGCUACUACCACACAUUUAACUGCAGCCGGGACAUAAAACGACGGAAAAACGGCGUCAAUAACUUCCUCAAUCGCGACAUGACAAAUAACACAAUUAACGAGCUUAAGAACAACUUUGAGCGUCUGAUUGAGGAGACGCAGCGCCAAGCAAAACACCGGGAACCAACAACAGCUAUUAUUAACAAUUUACAUAACAACACUAAUAAUCAUAAUAUGAACGGUAAUAGCAUUAAUAAUUCACGAGUCUUCUGUAACCGACAAGAUAUUCUUAUGAACACAGACAGAAGACACAAAAAAGUAACAAGUUACGGCGAUGACUUAUCUAAUAUUGAUGUUAAGAGUUUGAGCAAAAGUUUUAGCAAAUUUGAUGCCUUGCAAAAAAGUGCUUCGAAAGCUAGUAUCAAUGGCAAGCCGGGGGCACCACUGCCUCCAAUUGAUAAUAAUUGCAAAGCAUGUGGCAAAACUGUAUUUCAAAUGGAACAAAUGAAGGCUGAACGGAGUAUCUGGCACAAAAAUUGUUUCCGUUGCGAGGAGUGUCAGAAGCAAUUAAACUUUGACACAUACGAAAGUCACGAAGGAAAAUUGUAUUGCAAACCUCAUUUCAAGUCGCUUUUCUCGCCAAAAGUCGUCGAAGACAAUGAGCCCGUGAAACCGCGCAAGCCACAAUUGAUUAUUGCCGAAAAUCAACCAGUUGAGUUGCCAGCCGAUGUCGUUAGGAGUUCAGAUAAAACGGAUUCUGGGCUGGAAGAGUUGCAACAACUGAAUCUAAAGUCACGUUUCGAGGUUUUCGAAAAGGGAUGCACAAAUGACGAACGCAAGGAAGUGCAUUUAGAUCGUUCGCCAAGCGGCGUGAAACGAAGUCAGUCGAUUUUGAGCAAAUUGGCGAGAUUCCAAGCAAAAGGCAUGGAAAUCGGUAAUUUAGAUGUCGAUGGAAUCCCCAUCGAAUAUUCGUCAGAAGAGGAAGAGGAGGAAAUCGAUAACGAAGAGACACACGAGCAAGUUCUCGAACGUGCAAGACGCGCACAAAAAGAAAAACCCGUUGUCUGUGCCAACAUGGAUGACAUCAAGACACGUUUCGAAACGGGGCAUGUGACAACGCGAGAGGAGCGUCGCGAGGAACAAAAACAAGAGUUGCAAUCGAUUCGUUCGCGCUUAUUUAUGGGAAAACAGGCGAAAAUUAAGGAAAUGUAUCAGCAAGCGGUCGAACAAAGCGAACAAACGGUAACGACGAGCAAAGUGGAUUGUGAUGUAGACUUAGAAAAGGCCAGAUCGAUAAAGGAAAAGUUUGAAAAGGGCAUUAGUGAGACCGAUGAGAAUACAACUAAAGUUCCUGACGAAGAAAUGGCCGUUUUUGAGCAAGGAAUUUCAAAGCAGUCACGUUCGAUCUUCAAAGAAUUAGAUGCAAAUGUUGCCAAACAACCAGCAUCUCUUCCCUCGCCAAACAUAUCAAACAGCAAGACGACAGAAAAGCGAAAACAAUUCGAGCAACAAAUGACUUCAAGUUGCGAAGUAGUAAAAUCCGGCGAAAAAGUUGAAGAUGUCGUCAUUGCAACGGAAGAUGUCUCAAGCAAAUUCAAGUUCUUCGAAACAUACAAACCGGAAGAAACCAAGAAAAAGGAGUUCAGAAUCACGCCGCCAAGAGAAGGUGUCGUCAAAAUGCCCUCACCUGAACAAGACAAUGAACGCAAAAAUGGAACAAACGGGACUGACAAUUUGGAAGAUGACUCAUUGGUUGCCGCUAAAGCGCACACCGCUUCAAAAAUGUUGUCGUUAUUCCGACAGAUGGAGGAAAAGAAGCACACGAAUGUCGAUACGGGCCCGAAACCCUUGAAACGCUUCACACCGCCUCCAGAUGAUAACAAGAGAAUUUAUCAAGAUCAAGACAGCGCUGACGAAUAUACAGAUGAAGAAGUUGAAGAAGAAGAAUGCGAAGAAGAAGAAGAACACAUCACAAUGAAGAGCGAAGAAGAAGGAUUAAAAGCUGCCAAAGAGGCUGCUCGUGCCAAGUUACUCCGGGAGAAAUUCGAAAAAUGGGAAAAGAGUCAGAUAGAGAAGGAACAACGAGAGCAAAACAUGAGCUCCGUCAAUUUAUACGACGAAAACUUGGAUGAAUCGCAAGUUGAGAGUGCUAGAAGCAUCCGUGCUAAAUUCGAAAAUCUACAUGAAACACGGACGGUGCAAAAAGAACAAAUAAAAGUUAAUCGAUUUGUGUAAUUUUUAUUAUUUUGCCGUUUAUUAGAGAAAAUUUAUUAAGCACUUUUUUAAAUAAAAAAUAUAUUUAUAAAAAUUAAAUUGUCUACAUAGACACAAAAAAAAUAUUUAAAAAAACUAACUUAAUUUAUUUUUCAUUUAGAGAUUAAAAAUUAAUUGUUUGCAAUAAAGCACAAGUACUUUAAAAUUUUUUGAAACUUUUUAAAAAUUUUUUAUUAAAAAAAUUAAAUAAAAAUGUCAUAAAUGUUUAUCGCAUCUUACAUAGCUUAUUAUCUU